AUGUCCGCCGACACCCUCCCGAUAUCCCCCUCCCGUUUCGCCGCCGCCCUGGAAGAGCUCCCCGUCUCCACCCUCCACCUCAAAGUCCUCGAGCUACGCAACAGCAUCGCCCACCUCGACUACUCCAACGAGCAGCUGCGUCCCUUUGCCGAAGGCACCGCCUCCACAUCGUCCUCACAACCACAACCCCAAUCCCAACAGACCUCGCAAUCACAAACACAGUCCACCUCAGAAACAGCAACUCAAACACAGACACCGGCAUUCGAACCCGACCAAGACUGCCUCGAAGCCAUCCGCGAAAACGAGCAGGUCAUUGAGCGCAUGCAGGAGCGCAUCCGGCUCGUUCGGGCCGAGGUUGAAGGUCGUCGUGGGCUGAGCUGGACUGAAUUCCAGAGCCAGGAGGAGCAGGACGCAGAUGCCGCUAAGACCACGGAGGGACAGAGUGCAGGAGAAGGGACAGCGCAGGUGAACGGUCAGGUAAACGGGGACCACCCGACAACGAAUGGUGAUACGACACACUCGGCCUGGAGUGAUGGGACGUUUCAGACGGGUGUGAUUCGGGAUGGGGUGGUUCAGAUGGAUAAUGAUUCUGGGUUGGGAGGGGGGCUGCAGACACAGACGCAAAGCGGGGGGUCGUUGACGGAUGAGGAGUUGAGGAGGCGGAUUGAGCUGCAGAUGAGGGGGUUGGGAGGGGAGGAAGAGGAUGGGGGUGAGGAGGGGGGACUGCAUUUGUGA